AUGUCGGGUCCUGAGCUGCUGCGAGGAGUCUUCGCAUUCUCCUGUUUCAUCAAGACGCUCCAUUUCGUCAGCCUCUUCCUCAUCCUCCACGUGGAAAUCAGCCAACUACUUCCACAAACUCGCAAGCCAUCUGCCCGUUUUCUGGCCGCCUUGAACUGCGUCACAAGUACUCGCGGCAUCGGAACACCCUGGGAGGUGAAGACCUGGACAUACCGUGACCAUGCCUCACCUCCAAACCAACCCCCCAAAACAAAAUGGGCGUACAUUACCAGGACCCUACUUACCCUCAUCUGGCAAUACACAGCCCUUGACCUUCUAAACUUCGGCACAGUCCUCUACUUCCAGCGAGAAUGGCCCGGCGCCUUGGCCGCAGGUGCGGAGCUUUUCGGGCCUGCCUCGAGUAAGGGGCAGCUAAUUACGCGUCUUCCGCUCUCGUGCCUGCUACUGGUCAAUCUGCGCUUGCUGUUUUCGAUGAUCUGCACGGUUAUUGCACUAUUGUCUAUUGCGCUUUUCUGGGGAUCUCCGGAAUACGGGCCGCCACUCUUUGGGAGGAUGAAGGAUCUCAGGCACUUUAGGGUUAGGGAUUGUUGGGCCAUAUACUGGCACAGCCUCCUUCGCUGGCCCCUCGUAACAAUAAGCGGCGCCGUACAACACCGCCUCAUCCCCGCCUCAGGCAAACCCCAGCAAAUAAUCCAGCUUUUCCUCAUAUUCUCCAUCUCCGGAAUCCUGCACAUGCUAAGCGCAAUAUACGCCGGAGUGCCCGACAACAUCGGUGCCAUAAUGCUCUUCUUCGUGGGCAAUGCCGCUGCAAUCGUCGCCGAGGACCUCGUCAGGACUCGACCUCGAGCAGACAGGGACUCCGACACAGCGUGGACGCGUUUUCUGGGUUUCUUGAGUCUGCUUGCGUGGACCUAUGUGUCUGUGCCGUUAUUUGCGUAUACUGCGUUGAGAUUGCCCGUUGAGACGGACGAGGUUAUGCCGGUUAGGUUUGUAGAGGAGGUGGGGUGGCGUGUAAUAGCGGGAGUUGUUUCUGUGGGGUGGACUGGUUGGACUUUGAUUGGAGGGUAA